AUGGCAAAUAUUCUUGCAAAAACUGUCGUCUCGUCGUGGUCGCCGUUAGGUCGUGAGACAUGGAAGCCUGCCUGGGUUGCAGAGGACCGAGUGCCCGAGUUUAUGGGUGGUGGCAUAGGGGUGCAAUUCGGCGGUAAAAAAUACCUAUGGGGAAAUAUUCCUGCCCUCGACAUCCUCCGACUUGAAUCAAAUGAAGGAAAGGACUAUGCAGAAAAUCUAUGCUUACUCUUUGCUGCUUCCGGAGACCUUAGAAAUCUCAUUAUGACGAUCAAUGGACUUCCCGACACCUACGAUCACUCUAUCGAUAUUACCCUCAAUGACAUGGAUUUUGAUAUUGUAGCUCGCAACAUAAUCCUGCUUCUUAUUGCUCUGACGGUCGAGCAAGUCAACGAGGCUGCUGACUGUAUUCUUCAUCUCUGGUACUCAGCUCAUAUCCGUGAGGCUCAUAUUGACAUCCUUGAAUCUCGUGUUCGCCCAUUGAUCGAAGAUGUCUGCAACAAGAUCAACGAUAAAUCAUCCAACGGGCUAUUUGGAAAGACAUGGAAAUUUAAGCAAUCUUCCCUGAGAGUCGUUCUUGAGAAACCGUCAUGGAUCCGCCUUGCAUCUUUCGUUAAUAGACUAGACCGGGUUUCCAAUGAACAAGCGAAAAAGCUUCGCACAGAUACUACUCUGGCUGAGUCCAGAAAGGACUAUCGGGAUCGCCACAUGUGCUUUUUACCAAUCUCCUAUCGGAUACCCUUCGUCAAGUUUAGGGAAGACGGUAUUUUACUACCAUUUGGACAACCCCGCCAUGAGUUCCAGUUUCCAAACCCGACAUUUUUCCGAGAUGAUGGUUCCUGGAAUAUGAAAGACAGUGCUGACCCCCUCCACGGAUGGUCCCUGGAGGAUGUUGUGAAUACAUCAAGCGGACCUGCAGAAGCUGAUCUUUACGGCAAACUCUUCUACUACGUCCGUGAAGCUCUCCAAACAUUUCUCCUUCAACUCUCAUCGAUGAAUGCUUCAUUAAAUUUGUUUCAGAUGGACGCAUCUUUGCUUCCGGAGCACCUCGAGAAAGACAGUUUCAGUAGAAUUGAGGUCUCUAAUAUUUCCGAUUCGGGCUGGUUGGGAAUACAUGGAACUCUUGGCUUGAUUAUGCCAUUACUUCAGUCCCCUCUGAAAAAUCCUCAUGCUACUCUCAUAACUCUCUUUAUGAAUGCUAUUGAGGAAAGUAUGACUGACCAAGACAGACUACGCAAAGCGAGCUGGGACAGUCCGGCAACAAAGACACUGAUGAAAUACCUACCUCCAACUAGACGUCUGAGCUCUCGGUAUGACCCUGACAUCAUUAAAUUCAACUUUUGCCGGGAACUUGUCACAAAUUACGAUGACAUAUUCAACCAGUAUCUCCGAAAGUUGAAGGUCUUCGAAUUUGCCAGUCUUUUUAAUGUGGAGAUGAAGAAAAAGCAGACUAUAAUGGACAAGUCACCUUACAGAUUAAAGCUGCGGCCUGGCCAGCCAGGGGCACAAGAUGAGUUUGAACGGCAACUUGCCUCAGGAUUGACGGGGAAAGAACGCUAUUUGGAGUGGAGGAGAAUCAGUCUCACUGCCAAACAGCCCUUCUAG